CCUCCUCCAGUUCUUUAAGGCAGACUAGUUUCCUCUAGUCCAACUCACCUCUCCUUCUCUUUUCCGUUUUUUAUUCUCCAUUUACAAUGGCCGUUAAUCUCUCAGGCAAGUGGGACGCCAGGUUCGCUGGACCCGUUCCUCACGAUGCCAACUACUACGCCAAGUGCAUGCUCGGUGGUGUCCUUGCUUGCGGUCUCACCCACGCUGGUAUCACCCCUCUCGAUGUCGCCAAGUGCAACAUGCAGGUCAACCCCGUCAAGUACAACGGCCUCAUGCCCACUUUGAGGACUUUGGCUGCUGAGGAGGGUCAACGCGGUCUCUGGAAGGGCUUCGGUCCCACCCUCGUCGGCUACUCGCUCCAGGGCAUGUUCAAGUAUGGUCUCUACGAAAUCUUCAAGGAUUACUACUCCAACCUCGCCGGCGAGGAGAUCGCCACCAAGUACAAGCCUGCCAUCUGGCUCGCCGGUUCCGCCUCUGCUGAAGUCUUCGCCGACAUCGCCCUCUGCCCCUUCGAGAUGACCAAGGUCAAGAUCCAGACCUCUCCCAACGGCACCUUCCCCACCGCCUUUGGCGCUGCUCUCAGACAGAUGAGCGCCACCAAGGCUGAGACCCGCUACCCCUUCGGCUCCCUCGUCCCUCUCUGGUCGCGUCAGAUCCCCUACACCAUGGCCAAGUUCUUCUUCUUCGAGAAGAUCGUCCAGCUCUUCUACACCCAUGUCUUCACUGCCCCCAAGGAGUCCUACUCUAAGGGUACUCAGCUCGGUGUCACUUUCGCUUCCGGUUACCUCGCUGGUGUUGUCUGCGCCAUCGUCUCUCACCCCGCCGACUCCCUCGUCUCUCUCCUCGGAAAGGCCGAGAACAAGGGCAAGUCCAUCGGUACCAUUGCUUCCGAGACUGGCCUUGUUUCCCUUGCCACCAAGGGUCUCGGUACCCGUGUUAUCAUGAUUGGUACCCUCACCGGCUUCCAAUGGUGGAUCUACGACACCUUCAAGUCGGCCUUCGGUCUCGGCACCACUGGUGGCAAGUAAACGGUCAUAACCCGUAUAAUGGAGAUGCCAGUCCUAUGGUGGUGAACGUCACAUUUACUGCUAUAGAUUCCCCGGCGAACCCCAUGGACUGGGAGGAAGAUGGGUUGUCCGUCGUCACAUCAAAAUGCUCGCUAGAUUUCAUGACUUUCGAUUUCGGCGUUCAACCUCUGUGUAGUUUACCUUAUAGAUCCUCGAUUGUAAUGAACGGACUUGUACAAGGUUCUAUUCCCCUGAG